GAUGUCGAGAGUUAUCCCCCCAAAAUGGCAGCUUUCUCUGAAACACGCGGAUAUGUUUUGAACUGAACAUCGUACCCUUAACUCUGUUUCUGGAGUCACAAUUCCAAUGACAACACGAUGAAUAUAUACAACGAGACAGCCAAAAUAGUGAAGUCAGUCAAGCAGAAGAAAGGAACGGUCAAAUCACUCGUGUUUGCCUCCCGUUUUCAUAAUAAACGCAAACUUUAUGCCUUGGUGUGCGAAACUCUGAAGUUCUGGCAGAUUUUGAGUCUGCUGCUGAAGAGGACAAAGAUUCCGCGGAAACUCAGCAACUAUGAUGAGAAGCAGUAUGUAUUGAUUGUCCUGUUGUACGAGUUUCUCAUUGGACAGGGACUUGACAACGCUGGAGCAAUAGCUAAACAGUUUUUGCGACAUAAGAAUGUGAUAGAAAGGGAACAUGGCCGUCUGCUUGCUGAGAAACAUGUGUCCAGUCUGUCAGAACUUAUCCCUGAGGAAGCACAUGCUGUACCUCUGCCCAGAUAUGUUCGUGUGAACCUGCUGAAAACUACAUUGCAGAAAGCAGCAGAAACCUUCAUGAAAGAAGGCUGGCGGCUUGUGAAAGGAACGAAGAACAUUGUGGAUGACGUGCCCGAAGCUGGGCCAGCGAGAUUUCUGCAGGAUCACCAUCUCCCCGAUCUGCUGGUGUUUCCUCCUGGAACCGACUUCCAUAAACACAGACUGUGUACGACAGGGGAGAUAAUCCUGCAGGACAAGGCCAGUUGUUUCCCCGCCCAUGUGUUGCUUCCACCAGAGGGCAGUGUGGUGAUUGACAGCUGUGCAGCACCCGGCAACAAGACCAGCCAUGUUGCCAGUCUACUGAGAAACUCAGGGAAAAUCUUUGCCUUUGACAAAGACCGUCGGCGUCUGAAGACAAUGUCACAGCUGCUGGAGGUGGCUGGAGUCACCAACACAGAGCAGACGUGUCAGGACUUCCUGUCUGUUGACCCUCUGGAGGAGAAAUACUCUGACGUGGAAUACAUGCUGGUGGAUCCGUCAUGCAGCGGGUCUGGAAUCGUGGGAAGACUUAAUCACUUGUCUGAUGACCAAAACUCAACUGAAGCUCGACUGAAGAGCUUGUCAAAUUUCCAAGUGACCAUGUUGAAACAUGCCCUGUCCUUUCCAAGAGUGAAGAGGGUGGUCUAUUCAACCUGCUCGGUACAUGCACAGGAAAAUGAGGAAGUUGUGGAGGAAGUUAUCCAGAAGGUUGGCAAAGACUUCAAACUGAAACUGAUCUUCGCUGAUUGGCCAGCAGAGGGGGUCAAAGGUUAUGAGCAUGCUCAGAUGUGCCUGCGGAUGUCACCUGAGGACAAUCUGACUAAUGGUUUCUUUGUGGCCUGUUUUGAAAGGAAGACAUUUCAAGGGGAACGGUAUUUGUGAUGAAAAGGAUCCUGUUGGAUGUUCAGAAAACAGGAUCAAGGACAAUGGAAACAACGGGACGUUGACAAGAAAGGAAAAGAAGAGGCUAAAGAAAAAGGCCAAAAAGGCACAGAAGAAUCUUCUUCUGAGCUCAGUUGUAAAUGAGGUUGAAAGGGUCAAUGAUGAAGAUGACGUUUUCGAUGGAGAUGGUGAAGAUACCUGGCCAAGUAAACAUGACAAUAAAAACAGAAUUAUCCCAAAAUCUGAAGAUUUAGAGUCCUCAUACCUGGCUACUGAAACUGAAGAAGUGUUAAGGGUAGAUAACUCCAUGGCCUGUGACACUCCAGUCAAAAACGUGUUUUGUGGCAGUCAAAAGCACUCAGGAAAAUCCUCAGUUAAGGGUAAGAGAGUUGAAAUGUUCCGGAAACGAAGUAUUGACUUUCUGGAUGUCAGCAACCGUUCUUGUUGCGUUCUACAAUGUACGCCUCCUCCAGAGGCAAAACGUGCAAGACCGACCCACAUGGGCUUCGGCUCCAAGCUCGGGAAGUGGGAAAUAACAGAGAAUGUACAUGUUGCUCAUGGUUUAGCUGACAGGCAUGAACUGGUCACAGGCGUAAAGAACCGCACAUCUGCAGAAAAGCGGAAACUGAAAAAUUUAAUGAGAA